CUAAACCAUCCAUUCCAAUCUCCAAUACCUACCUAUCUACACCACCGCCUUUCCUUCUCUACAACCAACUAAACCAUCCAUUCCAAUCUCCAAUACCUACCUAUCUACACCACCGCCUUUCUCGUCAACCUCAGUCCUCAAUCUCAAUCCUCAAUCUCAACCCUCAAACAAGAACCCAACCUCCUCAAACCCACAGCAGACGCCCAGCCCACAACAUGAACAAAACCACAUCCACCUACCGCGCGCUCCUCCGCGAACUGCCGCGCCGCAAACUCUCCUCCCCGACACCACUCCACCAGCGCAUCCGCGCGCUGUACCGAACGCCCGUCACGCCGGGGACCGAGACGCAGACGCACGACGAGGCGCUGCACCACCGCCUCCAGGAGGCCGAGCAGAUGGCGCUGUAUGCGCGCGCGCAGCGCUCGUAUGCGGUCCUCGUCGAGCGGUAUAACCCGGGCAUGACGAUGGAUGAGAAGGAGAGGAUCAGGUUGACGGCGAGACGGGUGGGGUGGGAUUUGCCGGUUGAAGCGGAGGGGGAGGGGGAGGCGGAGGGGGAGAAGAAAUGA